AUGAAAAAGAUUAACUUCUUAAAUUAUGUAAUGAAUUCAUACAUAAAAAUGAUAUGUAUAUAAAAUUUCGGAGAUUAAUAUAUCUUUUUGAAUUUAGCCUAAGCAUUAUUUAAAUAAGGGUUGUUUGAAUAAGUUAUUGAAUCAUAGGAUGAAGCAAUGAAAAAGUACAAGAAUAUUUUGGCUGAAAAAAAUAUAUUAUUUAAAACUAUUUUUAGUUAAAGCUUUAAAUGA